GAGAGUUGCAGAGUAAUCCCGUCGUGGGGCCAGAGGGAGAAAGGCACAUUAGUGGGCCAGGGUGCCAGAGUGCGUGUAUAUCCUGCACGUCACGCAGAAACUAAAUCAACUUUGAGACAGCGACGCGUAAGUUUAGAGGAGGGCGCGAAGGCGCAUUGGAUACGCGCUAUGACGGAGGAAAAGAGACUCCAUCUAGGAGUUUCUAAUAUGUCGGGAUGUGAGCUGCACUUGUGCUAGAAUGGCAUGUCAUGGCACUUGGAUCUGUGAGGGAUGGCAGCUUUCCACCAUCAUCAUCACCACCACCACCACCACCAUCUCCCAAACGCGGAGCUUCGGAGGCUUUUCCACCGGCUCACUAUCGCGUCCUCUUUGAGCAUCAUCUGCUUCUCGCUGGUUUAUCUCCUCACCGGAUGCUGCCAGUCUGGUGUAGUAGAAAACUCUGACAUCAAGCCACCCACCCCCUGGUUCCUUACGCCGCUAAAGCUGUACGAGAGGAACGGAACCGGGGCUUCCGGCGAAGCGUCACUUGGCGAGGGUGCUGUCACUGAUAAUGCCGGGCUGGAGGCGAACAUCUCCGGGAAGGAAUGGACAGCCAGUCGGAGGUUACCUCAUGCUCUGAUCAUUGGAGUUAAGAAAGGAGGAACCAGAGCUUUGCUGGAGUUUCUGCGGCUGCAUCCGGACAUCCGAGCCCUUGGGUCCGAACCACACUUCUUUGAUCGGCAUUACGCACGGGGACUGGACUGGUACAGGAGUAUGAUGCCCAAAGCACUGGAUGGCCAGAUCGUAAUGGAGAAGACGCCUCGCUACUUUGUCACAGUGGAGACACCAGCUCGAGUCCAUGCGAUGUCACAAGACGUGAAGCUAAUUGUGGUGGUGCGGGACCCCGUGACCAGAGCUAUAUCUGACUACACACAGAUCAUCUCCAAGACACCUGACAUACCUUCGUUCAAGAACCUCGCCUUCAAGAACCGCACCACUGGUCAGAUUGACGCUCAAUGGAGUCCUCUAUGGAUCGGCUUGUACGCCCAGCACCUGGAGCGCUGGUUGGCGUGGUUCCCCAGGAGUCAGGUCCAUCUAGUCAGCGGGGAAAGGCUCAUCUCUGACCCAGCUGGGGAAGUAGGGAAAGUCCAAGACUUUCUGGGGCUCCAGAGGAUCAUCACCGACAAACACUUUUACUUCAACAAAACGAAAGGUUUCCCCUGCCUGAAGAAGCCGGAGGGGAGUAGUAAACCUCACUGCCUGGGGAAGACCAAAGGGCGGACGCACGCCUCCAUCGACCCGGAGCUGAUACAGACAUUGAGGGAUUUUUACCGGCCGCACAACCAGCGAUUUUAUCAGAUGGCGGCGCAGGAUUUUGGAUGGCAGUGAGAAUAUCCAAUAGGAAGAGCUCAGGCAUUGAUUGAGGUCCAAUCGAUAAAGGACAUUUUUGAGAAGAAUACGUUGGUAGCCAAAAUAACCACUUGGCUUUUCCACUAGUGUUAUUAUUUCUAGUGGAUGGUCAGCCAAGCACUGCUGUGGAUUGGUCGAACACAUUGGUCAUUGUAGCAUUAGCGAAUACAUGGCUAGAAAUGACAACUAAGGUUGAGGCACCGUAGCACGGGGCGUUUUAGUGUUCGGCCCACAGUCCCUAACUUGUGUUGGCGCCCUCAGUCUCUUCUUAAGUGAUAUUCAUCUCCGAACCUGUAGCGUCAUAUCAAAAAGGAAGUAGUGCUGAACCACCCGGUACUUGGUGGUAAUAUUGGAAGUCCAUGGAAGUCAACCAGCCAUGCCAGAACAAAAAAUUGCCUUUCCCAAGGCCAUUUUUUCCCCAUGGAAUCAAAUAAUCCAGAAUGAUGAAUAUUAUUUAUUUCCACCUAGUCACUUCUUUCUCACUGGAUCGAUGAAUGCGUCGGCCGUGAGUGACAUGACCCAAGUAUUGUUCCCGAAAAUUGAUGAAUCUUUUAUGCCGGCCGACAUCAGAGAGAAUCUUUAAAUGAGCUCAGAUUUGACUGAGUGGUUUUGUAUCCUUCAAUAAUGAAUGUGGCUAAAUGGACGGAGGUGGUGUGAGUGGCGUGCAUCACUUGGCCCCGAGCACAUGCUGCUGUGCCGUAACGUGUCUGCUGGCGCUGCCUCAGCACAUUCGGGUCAACCCGGGGAGGUCGAAUGGUGUGAGGUGACGUUCAGAACCAGUUUACAGUUGUUUCCUCGGACGGUGGAUGCUUCCAGGCUUUGUGAGGCCUGCUUUACAGGGUUUUCUUUUUGCAUGUAUUUGCACUAGUUUGAAAACAAGAAAUAAAAGUAUUUUUAAGCAAAAUAAAGCGUCGCAUUUAUUUUUCCAAAAAACAAA